GCGCGGUGAGGGACCGUCGCCAAACUCCCCUCUCGGGUUGUGGCGCAAGGGGCAGCGGCGACCUUGGCUGAAAUGCCGAAAAAAGAGAAGGGGGAGGAGGGGUGAGGUGGGGUUGAGGGGAGGGGUGGGAAGGGAGAGCGUGUGACGCCGAACCCGCACGGAGCUGUUUGGCGUAGGCCCUGUUGCAUGCGUUGAAACGCCGGCGGGGGCCGGGCGUUGCGGCUGCCGUCCCGGUUGGGAGUUGAGUCGGAGGCCCUAAAGCCGGGUGUAUGUAUGUGUGUGCGUGCGCGUGUGCCCGUGUGUGUAUAUAUAUAUACACACACGCGCGCGCACACACGCGCAGGCAUAUAUAUUAUUAAAAAAAAAAAAAAAAAGGGAGAAAAAAAAAAAAGGAAAAGAAGAAGAAGAAGAAGAAGGGGGAAGAGCCAGGGUCCAUUUAAAGUUGCUGCCGGAGAAGCGGUUCUCAUUGGUUCGGGGGGGAGCCGGAGGAGCGGAGACACACACGGUGCGCGCAGCCCUCCCCGCCGCCGCCGCUGCCGGAGCCGGAGCCGCCGCCGGAGGAGCCGCCGGAGCCGGAGGAGCCGCCGGGCCGGAGUUGUCUCUGCCGCUUUUUUUUUUUUUUUUUCUUCCCACCCCCCCCGCCCCCACUACCACCCCCUCCACACACACCCCCCUCCGCUGCUGCAGCGGCACGAACGUGACUGCCCAGCGUCGGCGAUUAUUAUUAUUUUUUUUUUUUUUCUCUCUCUCUCGUCUCCUCUCGGCCCCCUUUUUCCUCCUCCAAGAUGUAACUACAGCCCUGACACUAAGGACCUGCAGAUCGCUUAGGUGGCUUGGGAAAGAGAAAAGGGGAUAUCAAGGGCGUCGCGUUUUUUUUUUUUUUUUUGUGGUUUAGGGGGAAAUUUUCCAUUAUAAUGUUUCACUAAAGUGAUUUUUUUUUGUUUUGUUUCCUUCGCAUUCGUCUAUUUUUUUUUUUCGUCCCCCAUUUCUCGGAUUUAUUGCUAGGAGAAUCACAUUGUGAGGAAAGAAAGUCGGAUUACAAGAUACCACUACAAACAACCCCCUCCCCCCAGGAUUUUUUUCGUGUCUUUUUUUUUUUUUUUUUAAAAAUUGUCGCGGCUUUAAUUCAUGAAGCAAUUGUCCCCUUUUGCAAUCAGAAUUUGGAUACCAGAAUGAGCAAAGAAAGACCCAAGAGGAAUAUAAUUCAAAAGAAAUACGAUGACAGCGAUGGGAUUCCCUGGUCAGAGGAGAGAGUGGUGCGGAAGGUCCUGUAUUUAUCUCUGAAGGAGUUCAAGAACGCACAGAAGCGGCAGCACGGCGAUGGCAUUAGUGGGAGCCUCAAGGCAGUGAAUGGACUUCUCACUAAUGGCCAAUCUAAAGGAUUAGGACCGGGAUCAGAACAGCUGGAGAAUGAGAAGGACGAUGCAUCGCAAGUGUCCUCAACGAGCAACGAUGUUAGUUCUUCAGAUUUUGAAGAAGGGCCCUCGAGGAAAAGGCCAAGGCUGCAAGCACAAAGGAAGUUUGCUCAGUCCCAGCCAAACAGUCCCAGCACAACUCCAAUAAAGAUAGUGGAGCCGUUGUUACCCCCUCCCGCUACUCAGAUUUCUGACCUCUCCAAAAGGAAGCCCAAGACAGAAGAUUUUCUCACUUUCCUCUGUCUUCGAGGUUCUCCAGCCCUGCCCAGCAACAUGGUAUAUUUUGGAAGCUCUCAGGAUGAUGAGGAUGAAGAAGAGGAGGAGGAGGAGACAGAGGACACAAAAACAGCCACAAACAAUGCUUCAUCAUCAUGCCAGUCAACCCCCAGGAAAGGAAAAACGCAUAAACAUGUACCAAAUGGGCAAGUUUUCAAUGGGUCCAGCAAAUCAUCGAAGGAGAAAGAACCUGCUCAGAAACACAAAAGCAAAGAGGCCACACCAGGGAAGGAGAGGAAUGGCGAACAUAAGGCUGAGAGCCGAAAAGACCAGGCUGCUGCUAAUCACCAUCCUACUACAAACACUGGCUCCUCUACGAAAGGGCUCACCGCUAACAACCACCACACUCUUCAUAAAUCGGCUCAGGACUUAAGGAAACAGAUUUCUAAAGUCAACGGGAUCACUCGAAUGUCAUCUCCGAGUGCAAAUGCAGCCAGUGCCAAAAAGAUGAGAGAAGUCAGACCUUCACCGUCCAAAACUGUGAAGUACACUGCAACAGUGACAAAGGGAACUGUCACAUACACCAAAGCCAAGAAAGAACUGGUCAAGGAAACCAAACUAAAUCACCACAAACCCAGUUCACCUGUCAACCACACAAUCUCAGGGAAAAUAGAAAGUAGCAAUGCAAAAACCCGCAAACAGGUGCUAUCCCUUGGAGCAUCCAAGUCUAACAAUACCGCUGUUAAUGGUGUAAAAGUCAAUGGCAAGUUGAACCAAAAGACAUGCACUAAGGAGGUGGGGAGACAGUUAAGGGAGGGUCUGCGCAAUUCGAAGAGGAGGCUGGAAGAGAUGAAUCACAUAGACAAAAUACAGUCGCCCACCAAGAGAAUGAAAGGGGCCGUCAACUUGGCAGAAGCUGUCAGCAAAAAGGCAGCCGUAGAAAAGCCUUUGCUGAAUGGACACCUUAAAAAGGAAGUGCCAGAGAAGAGUUUGGAAAGAAAUAGGCCGAAAAGAGCCACUGCUGGAAAGAGUACGCCAGGGAAACAAGCACAUGGCAAAACUGAAAAUGCCUCCUGUGAAAAUCGUUCUACCUCUCAAGCGGAGUCCUUGCACAAGCCACAAGACUCAAUGGGAAAGCACGAAAAGGGCAGUAGUAAGUCUGGGUGGGGGAUGCUGGGGGAGAUUCCCAUCCUUAAGCCCUCCACCAAGGAAUUCCAUGACCCACUGAUAUACAUUGAGUCAGUCCGAGCUCAGGUAGAGAAGUAUGGGAUGUGCAGGGUGAUUCCUCCUCCAGACUGGAGACCUGAGUGCAAGCUAAAUGAUGAAAUGCGGUUUGUGACACAGAUUCAGCACAUACACAAGCUAGGCAGGCGCUGGGGACCCAACGUGCAGCGGCUGGCCUGUAUCAAGAAGCACCUCAAAUCUCAGGGCAUUACCAUGGACGAACUCCCACUCAUAGGAGGCUGUGAGCUUGACCUGGCCUGUUUUGUCCAGUUGAUCAACGAGAUGGGGGGGAUGCAGCAAGUGACUGACCUCAAGAAAUGGAACAAGCUGGCAGACAUGCUGCGCAUCCCCAAAACUGCACAGGACAGGCUGGCCAAGCUGCAAGAAGCCUACUGCCAGUACUUGCUCUCCUACGACUCCCUCUCCCCCGAGGAGCACAAGAAACUGGAGAAGGAGGUCUUGCUGGAAAAGGAAAUCUUGGAGAAGAGGAAAGGACCUUUGGAGGGACAUUCGGAGAAUGCCUACAAGUUCCAUUCCUUGCCCCGGUUUGAGCCCAAAAAUGGACUCAUCAACGGCGUGGUUCACAAAAAUGGCUUCCGCAACAAGUUAAAAGAAGUCGACGUCCCACUGAAGACGGGCAGGCGGCGGCUCUUCGCUCAGGAAAAGGAGACCACGAAAGAGGAUGAGGAGGAGGAGGAGGGAGUUCUUAGCGACUUACACAAGUGUAUAUACAAGGGUAGGUCUGUUUCUUUAACAACCUUCUACCGAACAGCAAGAAACAUCAUGAACAUGUGCUUCACAAAGGAGCCUACAGUAGCUGAAGUAGAGCAAGAAUAUUGGCGGGUAGUGGAACAGAAAGAUUGCCACGUAGCAGUGCAUUGUGGAAAAGUAGAUACCAACACCCACGGGAGUGGCUUUCCUGUGGGAAAAUCUGAACCAUUUUCAAGGCAUGGGUGGAACCUCACAGUCCUUCCUAAUAAUACAGGAUCCAUCCUGCGACAUCUUGGUGCUGUGCCUGGAGUGACAAUUCCUUGGCUAAAUAUUGGCAUGGUCUUUUCUACCUCAUGCUGGUCUCGAGACCAAAAUCACCUUCCAUACAUUGACUACUUACACACUGGUGCUGAUUGCAUUUGGUAUUGCAUUCCUGCUGCGGAGGAGAACAAACUUGAUGAUGUGGUACAUACCCUGCUGCAAGCCAAUGGCACUCCAGGGCUGGAAAUGCUUGAAAGUAAUGUAAUGAUCUCCCCAGAAAUCUUGUGUAAGGAGGGGAUCAGGGUGCACCGUACUGUACAGCAGAGCGGGCAGUUUGUUGUCUGUUUUCCUGGAUCCUUUGUGUCUAAAGUGUGUUGUGGCUAUAGUGUUUCUGAAACAGUGCACUUUGCUACCACCCAGUGGACAAGUAUGGGUUUUAAAACAGCCAAGGAAAUGAAGAGACGACGUAUAGCCAAGCCAUUUUCAAUGGAAAAGUUGCUUUAUCAGAUUGCAACAGCAGAAGCAAAAAAGGAAAAUGGACCGACUCUGAGUACGAUAUCAUCACUUCUUGGAGAGCUCAGGGACACGGAGCUGAGGCAGCGGCGGCAGCUUUACGAGGCAGGUCUCCAUUCUUCAGCACGCUACGGCAGCCACGACAGCAGCAGCACGGGGAUGGAUGGAAAGAAAAAGCCUCGAAAGUGGUUGCAGUUAGAAACAUCAGAGAGGAGAUGUCAGAUUUGUCAGCACCUGUGCUAUCUUUCCAUGGUUGUACAGGAGAAUGAAAAUGUUGUCUUCUGCCUGGAGUGUGCCCUUCGGCAUGUGGAAAAACAGAAGUCUUGUCGGGGACUGAAGAUGAUGUACCGUUACGAUGAGGAACAAAUAAUCAGUCUGGUCAAUCAAAUCUGUGGGAAAGUAUCUGGUAAAAACGGCAGCAUUGAGAACUGUAUCAGCAAGCCUACACCAAAAAGAGGACCUCGUAAGAGAGCGACAGUUGACGUGCCAUCAUCUAGGCUUUCAUCCUCCAGUUCAUCCAAAAGUGCUUCAAGUUAAUCCUGAAGAUGCCAACACUCUCAUUUUGUCAAUUUAUAUAUAUUUUUUGUAAUUAUUAUACCAUAGUUUGGAGUACUUGCUGUAGAAUACAAGCUGUCUUUGCACUAGCUCUAAAGAAGAUUUUCUUCUGGUUUUAGAGAACUAAUUUUGUUUUAGCAUUAAACUGUUGAAUUUUUUUUUUUGUACUUAGAAUAGAUAGAUACAGCAGUCUGAUUUUUUUAAACUGCCGUAUGUUCACUGUUUUAAAACCGGCAAGGGGCUGAUAAAAUAUUAAUUUGUAUUGUCCCUAUGGCUGAAAAAAAUAAAAAGCCUUUUUGGUAACUGUGAAAAAAGGCUUUUAACCCAUUUUUUGAAUAGGUUGAAGUUUGAUGUGUUUUAUAAUUUGUUCUCCAGUCAUGUGAGCAGAUUUUUCUAGAGAGAAAAGGGAUAGGAGACAAAAACUUGAAAGAAAUUGCUUUACUUUGGCUGUCUUUUAUUCUGUCACAGCAAGAGGAGUUUUGUAAUUUUUUAAAUUGGAGAAUACACACUUUCUUUGGGAGGUUAUGGCAGCUGAAGAUGGACUUUGUUUCCUAACUGUAGGCAAAAGGAGGAGAUUUGGAGUAUGUUCUCUUUUACCAGCACAUCACUAUGCAUCUGUUUUGAGGGGGAAAAAUAAAAAUUAAAAAAAAAAAAAAAAAAAGAAAAAAAAAAGGAGGAAAAAAGACUGCCUGCCUUGAGGAGUCAUGUGAGGGAAAACUGUGCCUGAUUUCAUUAGGAAAUCCAUUCUGUUAUUUUUUGGUGCUGUUGGCUACUUUAUCAAAAAACCCUUCAAUAGCAUCCUUUAAAGAAAAAAAAAAAAAAAAGAAAAAAGUGAUUGAAGCCAUAAGUGCUUCUUUUGUCAUAGACGUGCAAUCUUUCUAACAUUCCAUUUCCAUUCCACUGCUGUUUUUCACACCUUUACACAGUCAAGCAUUAAUUUUUGUUUUGAAUUUGUUUCAUUAUAUGAUCACAUUUAGAGCCACUAGCAGGUCUGCAUAUUUCUUUUGAAUGUGAAAAUGCAUUUGCUUUCAUCUUGUCUAUUUUUUCUCUUCAUGUUGUAACAAAAAAAAAAAAAUCACACCUUUUGUACAUAUGCCUGUAAAUUUUUUUAAAUACUUGAGCCUUUUCUUGGGGUGGGGGGAGGGAUGGCGAAGAGACAAGAUGAAGAAAAGCCUUACGUUUCACUUUCUUCAUCGGUUGGAUUGGAUGCUUACAGGGUUUUUCUUGUAACAUUUAUAAGUGCUGCUUACAUCACUGAACAACAACAAAAAAUAAUAAUGGAGUAGCUGUUGCCCUUUUCUGGUUGUGUGUACAGUAUGUGUGGAAUAAAAAAGGGAAAAUGUUUUCACAAACUGUUUUGUUUCGUAAUUGAAUUCAACAAUACCGUAGCUACCCAUAUUGCACUGAGCUUGCCAGUGGUGACUGUCAGGAAAGUCCUAUAAUACAAUUUGUUGGUUGUUGUUGCAGAAGACUGAACUGUUUUGGAAUAUUUAACAAUAACAUAAACAGAGUCAAGUGUUUUCAAAUGUGGUUGUCUGGUUUUUAUGGCCUUGCUGUGUACUUUUUCCCUCUUGACAGUAAACUUCUGACUAUGGCUUACAGUUUGACAUUUAAUUUAUUAGCGCUGCUCUGCUCUCUUUCCUUGUAAGGAAAGACUUCAUGUUGUUUAUUGCCAGUUUUUUGUUUACUUUCCAGGUUUGUACUACGAGGUUUAAUAAAAAAACAAAACUUUUUUGGA